GCACUUGCAGCGAAAACGAACGGAGUAGAACCGGGAAAGAAGUACGAGAUACCAGUGAAAGUAGUGAGAAAGAGAGAAAGAUCAUGUGCAAAAGUGUGAUGAUUUGUAUGGCCAUCGUGGCGGCGGUCCUUGUGUCGUCGUCUGUGGUGCAGGGACAGACUGUUCCAGCCUCUCCCGCCUCGUGCAGCAGUAUUGCCAGCAGUUUGAGUUUCAACGACUCGGCUUUGGCGGGUCAGUGGUUCGAGGUUGCCCGCAAUCCUGCGGCCGAUGUGUCCUGCAUCCAAGUAAAUGUGGACUUGUGGGAAAACACCAAUGUUCUGGUCAAUGUUAGCCACUCGAGCAACCAGCCCUCGCUCUACAUGGAUGUGAGCGAGAAGGCCAACAUUACGCUGGUGGCCAGCGCUGAAGGUGUCCCCUCGACGGCCGGCUACAAUGUGACCUUCCAGAAGAACGGCGUGAACGAGGCGGGCGUCUACAUCAAGCUGUUGUCCUUCAACUAUACCUAUCUAGUGGGUUGCGGCUAUACCGAUGCCAGCAAUGUCAGCACUAGCUAUGGCUUUAUCCUGGCGCGCAGCAAUUACACGGCGGCAGACAUCGCGACGGCCAAUAACAAUGCCUCUCUGCAUUACAGCAACUUCCAGAAUGGCACCUAUGGCAAUGUCACGCAAGUUGGAUGCUAUGCCAGUUCUGCCAGUCAGACGCUGCCCAUGAUUGCUGGCUUUGUGGCUUUGGCCAUGGCUCUGAUCUUCAAGGCCUAAACAGCUCCAAAUCAAAUGUAGAUUUCACAGAAAAAUAACACACAAAAAAGAAAGCCCUUGCCUAAGUUAUGACGUCAGCUGUUUUAUUUAGUUUUUAGUUUAAUUUAAAAACUUCCUUCAAUAAAAGACCGAACCGAAGAGCGCUCCACCCAACCCAA